UUACAUAAGGUAAAGGGAACUAAUACUGUCCCUGUCAGUCUGGUCAGCUCAUACUUUUGUUGCUUUGCGCAAAUUAAAGUUUGUUUGUUAAUACCGGUUAUUUUUAUUUUUGUAAACAAACAUGGAUCAAAGCCCAGUCAAAAAACUAAAGACGGCCCACGGCCAUCUUUGUAAUGUGAGCCCAUUAAAAGACUCAAAGAAGCAGUAUUUUGAAGCAAGCCUUCAACAUGAAGGGGAAUGUUCCGACGUAAUGGUCUUUAGACCAGAGGAGCACAUGCAGUUUAAGAAUGCUGAGAAGAUUCGGAGUCAAGUGACGCUACAUAACGUGAUAUCACCUCUUAAGACCAAUGGAACCUCAAAAGUGUAUUACACACAUAAAUCCAGUAUCUCCUGUGUUCGAGACCUAGGACAUGCAUUUAGAAACACCCUGCCAGCUGAAGCACAAGGCAUACAAUUAUCUGAACUGCUAAAACUGGAUCAAAAACCUAAGAGGGUCAACAUUAAUGUAAAAAUCAUCCUGGAGGAAUCCAAGGGGAACAAUGUUGUGAGGGAUAGAAGACGCUACCUUCCAAACACGGUGUACACUGUAGCAGAUUCUACAGGGUUCAUCAGUCUAACCGUGUGGUGUCAAAAAGACAUCAAUGUUGGAAAAUGGUACAACUUCACAAAUCUCUCUACCGUGCAGUUCAAAGGCAAAACAACCUUAUCAACCACCAAAGACACAAACAUUCUCAACAUACCGUCUCAAGGUACAGCGGUUGAUGUUGAUGUGCCUAUAGAAUCUAUGAAGUGUGACAUCAUUGGGGUAAACCCCAAAAGGUUGUUUAUUUGUCCUGGUAAUCAUGAACUUAAGGACUUAAUAUUGUCAAGCCCAAGUGUGUAUUGUGUCUCAUGUAAAACACAUUACAAAACCACAGCCAGCAUAAUGAAGAUCAGUGGCCGCUUGCAUCUCAAACCAGAGGCGGGUGAAAUUAUAAGGGCGAGAGUUGAGGAUGAGGUCAUAAGAUCUGUGAUAGCUGUGAAGUCAGACGCAUCUCAAAAUGACAUCCUUCAGGCUUUCAUGGCCCUACCCACCAUGCAAAUUACCAUUUGCAAUAACGUCAUCGUGAAGAUGGAAAAGUCAACGCCUCAAAAUACGCUGAGGACUGGAAUGGAGUCUCAGACAUCACUUGCUGUGAUGGAACCAGUAGAAGAUUUGAAUGACUUCUCGCCCCCAGAUCCUGGGAUUUUCAGUUCUCAACCCCAAAAACGAAAAUCUACCGAUAGAUUUUGAUCACAGAAUAUUGCUGAAGACAAUGAACACUUCAUAAAACUAAAGAGAAGUUGUAUUUAGAAAAUAAAACAUCAACAAACAUUUUUAACAAUUUAUUUUGAAAAGAUCAGAUUUUAUCAUUCACAUUAAUUUUACCACACGUACAAAAUUGGCAUCAAAAGAAGGUUGUAUCACGUGAACAUUCUAAAGCAUUCAGAUCUUUUAGCAUUUUUUUCCUUCAUUUAAAUUCUGAAGAUUUUAUGGGAUCAUUUAUGUAUGUUCUGUGCGUACAAUAGAUGCAAUUUUGGUGGUGGGGACAGAACGUGCGUACAUAUGUAAAGUCAUGACUGAUAUUAAACUAUUUUCCCUCAAGUAUCAUUUUA